GUGAAUUAAAGCUGUUAGUUUAAAGAUUAAAGCUCCCUUUUAGCUGUUAGUUUAAACAUGUUAUUAGUCAAAUUAAUUGUGUUCCAACAGAGUAUCAGCUAUUUGCUGAUUUGUAAAAUUGCAGUAACCAGUUUGUGUGUGUUGCAUGCUGAACUGAAAGCGAACAGUAAGCACUGAGCGACUGCUGCCGAAAUGACGAUUGAGGAGCCAGUUCUCGAUGGCGCGGAUACGGAUCACGAGGAGAGCGAGGAUGAGGAAACAUCUGACGAAUCCGAGGACUGGACGACGAGUGAUGAGGAAGAUUCCGCCGAUGAAGAACAAGCUCAGUCUGCGAACUCAGUUCUGGUUCCGCAAGCGGUUUGCGAAGCGGCCACGAUGCCGACAGACGUUGAGUUUCAUCGGGACGGAGAUGUUUUUGUCAGUUCGGAUAUGGAUGGACAUGUUGCCAUUUGGAGUAUUUCGGAUGACGGAAACACAGCCAGUUUAUCCCACAACUUACUUCCCCACCGGACUGCAUGCCGUGCGCUGACUUAUAUGAAGAAUACAAACGUUGUCGUUAGCGUAGGAAAGGAUAAGAGGAUCUGCACAGUGGACUGUGGCAGUGCCAGUAUUACUAGAACAAUAAAGAAAGCACACGAGGCUUCCAUCUUUGCUGUGCACUCAUUGAACGAGAACAUGCUGACGACGGGAGACGAUGAUGGAUGCAUUAAAGUGUGGGAUUUGAGGACUUCGAAGCCGGUUGCCGAGUUUAAAGAUAAUAGCGAAUAUAUCAGUGCUUUGACUUCUGACGAAGCCGGAAGGACAUUGUUAGCUACUUGUGGUGAUGGUACACUGUCCGCGUUCAACUACAGAAACAAAAAGCGGGAGUUGCAGUCGGAAGCCUUUACUUCGGAACUGCUUUCACUGACUGUGAUAAAAAAUGGGUCAAAAGUCGUUUGCGGAUCCGGCGAUGGAAAUCUGCUGAUCUUUAAUUGGGGGGAAUGGGGAUUUUCACUGGAUCAGUAUCCGGUCGGUGAAAACAUAUCAAUCGACGCUGUUGAAGAAUUUACGCCGCACGCGGUGUUUUCUGCCAGUAGCGAUGGAUACAUACGAUUGAUCAGUGUUAUGCCUUAUCGUCCGCUGGGCACCAUCGGACAUUACACUAUGCCGUUUGAGCGUAUCUCGUUCUCUGGUUCGAAAUCCCUCCUGGCAAGCAUUAGUCACGACAACACCAUCAGGUUGUGGAGUACGAGAAACUUCGACCAGUCACCGAUUGAAGAAUCUGAUUCCGACUCCGAUGAAGUGUCGAAACAAGAAAGCACCAAAAGGACAAAGAAAUCCAGUAAAAUGCCGAAACGGUUGAAGCCUAGUGGAUCGGAUUUUUUCAGUGAUCUAUGAGAUUUAUGCAGUUUGAGAAGUAUUAUUUUAUCUUAUGACGAAGAAGAAAACGGGAGAAGGCGAAAAUUUUGGAGACUGGUGUAAUUCUU